AGGGGAGAGAGAGAGUUUGAAGAAGCGGAUAGGAAGGCUCUGGUUGUCCAGAGGAAGAGAGAGGAAGAGAGGAUCUUUUUAUUUACAUCUGUUGUUGUAACGUUGAAUUCUCUCUCUUUCUGUCUCUUGUUCGCGUCGGCACUCCUCCCGUUCCUCUUUUCCGCUUCCACCCAAUUCAAUUCAAAUCGCCGUUUCCUAUCGGAGCGAACGCACAGAUUCCUGGAAUUCCUCAACCUACGCUUCGGCUUUCAACUAUCGCUUCCGGCGACUUUUUAUCCUUUUCUUUUGAUGGUUGACCCUUGACCGGGGGAUCUGGGAUCUGUCUAGAUCGAUCUGUGUAGAGUUUUCCAAGUUUUUGCGCAUUCCACAUCUCACAUCUGAUCGAACGGAUUUUUUCUUCCUUUUCCGCGAUCAGCUAGCUACAUAUACGAUUUGUGAUCAUUCUGUUCUCUUUCUUCCUUGGUAACAGAAAUAGAAUAGCAGAAGGCUGGGUUUCUUGCUAAUACAAUACAUAGAGGAUGGACGAGUUAAUUGCAACGAGAUAUUGGUGUCACAUGUGUUCUCAAAUGGUGAAUCCCAUCGUUGACGUUGAAAUUAAAUGCCCCUUCUGCCGUAGCGGCUUUGUCGAGGAGAUAGGUAACGGUAUAUCCAACGACAAUAAUGAUAACAACAGCAAUAAUAAUGAGCUCGAAUCCGAUUUUGGAUCGGAGCGAGCUUUGUCCCUCUGGGCUCCGAUCUUGCUCGGUAUGAUGGGAAAUCCCCGUGGGCGCCGAAGAUUCAGACAUCUAGAGUUUGACGAAGAUGAUGAUGAUAAUGAGCAUGAGGAUGGGGAGGGGAAUCGUGUGAGUAGUGAGCCGACUGAUCUUGAUUCAGUCAUUAGGAGGAGGAGAAGUUCAGCUACCAUUCUUCAGUUGCUCCAAGGUAUCAGAGCUGGAAUGGCAACUGCUGAAUCAGAAAAUAGUUACGAGGGAGAGAGGAGCAGAGAAAGAGAGCGGGUUAUUCUUAUAAAUCCUUUCAAUCAGACCAUUGUAGUUCAAGGAGGUGAGAAUCAAAAUCAAAACCCCAUUGGAUCGCUGGGUGAUUAUUUCGUAGGACCUGGUUUGGAUUUGUUAUUGCAACAUCUAGCCGAAAAUGAUCCCAACCGAUAUGGCACUCCACCAGCACAGAAGGAGGCAGUUGAUGCACUGCCCACCGUGAGGGUUGAACCUGUGGAUAGCUGUUUGCAAUGUGCAGUGUGUUUGGAUGAGUUUGAGGUGGAUGAAGAAGCCAAGGAGAUGCCAUGUAAACAUAAAUUUCAUACAGGGUGUAUUCUGCCAUGGCUGGAGCUGCAUAGUUCUUGCCCAGUUUGUAGGCAUCAAUUGCCUGGGGAUGAAUCCAAGCGUGAUGCGGAUGGUGGGUCUACUAGGUUCAUGGGUGACCUUAAUAAUGCUAAUGGUAGUGGCAGCGGGGAGAUUAUUGAUGGGAGAAAUGCAUCUGGGACUGGGAGAAGGUUUUCGUUUCCAUGGCCUUUCAAUGGCUUGUUUUCUGCGCAAGGAAACUCCUCGGGUGGAAGUGCAAGUGAUUCUCAAAGGGAUCACGCUUCCAUUUGAAUAUAUGCUUCUGCUCUGCUUGCUUGCCUAUUGCAUGUAUGUGUAUGUAUAUGUGUUUUACUUAUAUUAUAACUAUACAGAUCUUUUGCCUCCUGCCCUUAGAACAAUCUGAAUCUCUCUUCUUACCAUUUUACCAACAUUAUCGUAUACUAUAUGCCUUUUCACUCUCA